GAAUCUAUCAAAAUGCAUUUUUUCCGUUGACGCUAUUCUCAUAUUGAGGGUGGAAUUUACAGAUUUGCGGAAAUAUUUUUUAAACUUCACCCUCUUUUUUGUCAAAAUGCAAUUGUGAAUGCUUUGCACGUUACGUAUUUCCGCAGAAUUGCCUUCCUGUAUGUGAACCCCGCUUUGAGCUAAUACUCGUUAAACGGUUAGUGUUUACGGAAACAGGGGCAAUGGCAUCGUUCAGAAUUCACGAGGAUCAAGAAAAUUCUUCACUAGCUGCAAGGAAAGAAGCAGAAGUAUUUGCCGCUGCGACUCAGAGACGUGCAUUAGGUGAUCUGAGCCAGUUCAAAUGCAACCAGAACCGCAACGUGAAAAAUGUUGGAAUAACGAAUGGACCCUACAAGGGCCAAGAUGAAAAUAGAACGGUGCGGAAUAUCAAGAACGAAAAGAAUAUCGUGCCCCCUGUAGCUCAGUUUCGCGCCUUCAGUGUAUAUGAAGAUAAUCCCACAAAACCUUUGGAAGUAGAUUUGAAGAAACGAGAGCAAGCAUUCAAGCCUUUCAUUUCCAAAGAAUUGAAAAAGGAUAACUUUUUCCUUAAUGCUGCAGAAAAUGUCAAGGCACUUUGUGCUCAAGCUGAGAAGCAAUAUGAAAAGGAUAAGCCUAUUCUUCCUGUUAGAAAACCCCUACAAGAAAAGAAAGAGGUAGAAGAUAAGAAAGAACAGAAAGCUCUUAAAGAUGAUAUUGAGUCACCAAUGUCUGUAGUAGACUCAAGUAUACUGUCUAUGUCAAUUUCCAAGAAUGAGAGCCAGCUAGAUGUAAUUGAUGAAGAUGCGACAACAGCUCAGACUAACAGGGAAUUGUUUUUCCAUGUCGUGGAAUAUAGACAAGAUAUUUAUGACUAUAUGAGAGAGAUAGAGGUAAAGAACCGUGCCAAUCCCCGCUACAUGCGUAAGCAACCGGAUAUCACUCAAGUUAUGAGAUCUAUUCUUAUUGACUGGCUUGUUGAGGUGUGUGAUGAAUACAAUCAGCAGAGUGAGACAUUACACCUGGCUGUUUCAUAUGUUGACAGAUUCCUGUCUUAUAUGAGUGUGGUACGCACAAAACUUCAGCUUGUUGGUACUGCUGCUACGUACAUUGCUUCCAAAUAUGAAGAAGUAUACCCACCGGAAGUAUCAGAGUUUGUCUACAUAACUGAUGACACAUACACAAAGAAGGAAGUGUUGCGUAUGGAACAUUUAAUACUGAAAGUGUUGUCUUUUGACCUCUCAACACCGACAUCUUUGGCUUUCCUAUCACUCUACUGCAUAUCUAAUGCUCUCUCCAAGAAAAUCUUUCAUUUAGCUGCGUACAUCGCAGAGUUGUCAUUACUGGAAUCGGACCCCUACCUUCAAUUCAGGCCUUCGAUAAUAGCAGCCAGUGCUUUGGCCACAGCACGCCAUUGUCUUCUUUGUGAAAGACAGGACUGCAGUACAAGGACCGGAGAGGAAGACCAGGGAUUACGGCCUCAAUGUGCUAAUAUAGCGUGGCCAGCGGCGUUGGCGCAAAGCACGGGUUACGCGGUGCGUGAGUUGGAGCCUUGCGCCCGCGAGUUGGCUCGUACUCACGCGCACGCAGCUGCGCAGUCUUAUCGCGCUAUUCCCGACAAGUACUCCAACAACAAAUAUGAUGCAGUUUCAACUAUUGAACCGAAGCCAAUGUACCCAGUAGGAAAAUACCAACCGCCAGCGCCACCUGCCGCUCGGAAUAACGAAACUGCGCGCAUUGGAUAGGAUCAAUACAAACCAACCAUAAAUCAUGUAUCUGGACUUUUUAUGCUUAAGGAAAUCUCAUUUGAGAAAACUAAUUCUCACUUUUGAGUAUCGAAGCACAACUGGAAUCAUGUUCCAAAAUGCUGGACUUACAAUUGAAAUGUUUGUGCGUUUAAGUGCUUAUUACAUUUUAAAAAAAACUCUCUUUUAUGAGGAAUUAUCUUUUAAAGGCAAUGACGAAUUUCAUAUUUAAUGAUAUUGGUAAUCAUGUUGCAAAAACAAUUACAGGUUGAUAACCUCCUUUUUUGAGUCGGUUCAUAAUAUUGCCAAUGAUUUUGUAUUUUUUGUCGUUCUUGUACUUGAUAAAUUGUGUUAAAGAUAAUGACUUGUAAUAUUUUGUGACGGUUUCAAGGAACUGAAAUUGACAUUUUCGUUAAGGCGGUUAAAUAAACCUUCGUGGACCAACUAGAUUAGGUUAAAAGUCAAUUAGGCUUAUUUUAGUAUAAUUUGUGGUUGUAAUGCAUUUUCUAUACCUUUGUGGAUGUUUCAACUGCCGACACUUAGUUCGUUCACUUUGUUAGUAAAUUAUUAUUAUUUUUGAGAUAUAAGGUAUGUUUUUAAUGUUGAUAGGUAGUUUUUAAUGUAAUUUAAUAAUUUUAAUAUAAUAAAUCUGCAUAUUCAGCGUUUCUAGUGGAGCCAAGUUUGAGCUAUUUAUAACGAUAAUAUAUGGUAUUUAAAUAAA